ACCUUGUAGCGCGGGAUCACCAAAAUCGUCAAUUAUCAUCUGACAGGCUACACAGAAACAGUUCCAUUUCUACAAUCUAUUAUUUUGGUCAUCAAUCGACGUGAUGUCGAUGUCCAACGGAGAUUAUGUUCGGAUACCACUUUCUGGGAGUUUUGAGGAUCAAGGGGACCAAGAACUUCACGGGACAUUAGAACAUAAGACUGACAGUGAAAGUCCAAAAACGGAAUCCAACGUGGGUCCUCUCACCUUUAAGUUCUACCAACAGUACUUCGAUGUUGAUACAAGUCAGGUUCUGCAUCGCCUUGCCUCUGCAUUCAUACCUAAUCCGCGUAUAAAUUUCAUUCAACAUUCUCUAAAACCCCGAGCUGAUCUCUAUGGUCCAUUUUGGAUUUCAACUACAUUGAUGUUAGCUGCCGCCAUCGGGGGGAAUAUAUCCAACUAUUUGCAGUCGCGUGGUGAGGUGUCUUCAUGGCAUUAUGAUUUUCAAAAAGUUACGUUGACAUCAACCAUCAUUUAUGUGUAUUGGUGGCUAACACCAUUGCUGUUGCACGCAAUUAUGCACAUUAAUCGUAAAAACAAGAAGCCCCAGUCCAACGAUGCUGAAAGCGAUCUCACUGACCUAUUGGAGCGUUCCGACACUGAUUCAUCAUCACUUCACAAUUCAAAGCAUGCGAAUAAAUUCUUCGUUGUUCUGUCGACCUAUGGUUAUUCAUUAGCAAUUUUCAUUCCCGUCGCAAUUUUAUGGACAAUUCAGAUUACUACACUACAAUGGAUAUUGUUUUUAGUUGGAAUAGCAGUUUCUGGGGCAUUCUUAGUAUUUGCUUUAAUGCCUAGUAUUCUCAAAGAAUAUCCAAAGCUUGUAACAACAAUAAUGAUCAUUAUAGUUGUAGUACAUUUUGGUUUUUCAUUAGCUCUAAUGAUUGCCUUCUUUCAUGGAUCUCCACCUGUACAACAUCCUCUAUCUCAUACUGGUUAUAUACAUCAACAAAAUGUUGUAGAAAGUAAUAAACAACUAUCAAAUAUCACUGUAUUAAUUACUAAUAAGCCAAUACAUCACUAAUUCAUCUGUUAUUUUAGCUUGAGUACUGCUAUUUUAAGUAGAAAAUUUGUUAAACAACGGUAAUAAUACUUACUAUUAACUAUUAUAAGCUUUUGUACAGGUGCAGUUGAUUUCUUUCCUUCUUUUUGUUUAUUACUGCUUCUGUAUUGUACUGUCAUUUACACAAUACACCAAUGCAUGCAUAACACUGUGAUAUUUAUUGUGUUCUAUUUGUACUUUAACUAUUUUCAAAAUAUACGGAUUGCACAGUGAUUGAAGUCACAUUUUGUGUUGUGUAAUUGAAACUGAGUGCACUAAAACGUGAAAGUUUACAUUGAAUUCUUAGUAAUGUUUAAAAUCUAAAGUCAGUCUGAUGUUUAAGCAACUUGCGAGAGAACACAAUUCACUUUUCUCUUCCACCAAAAACAACACAAACGGUCUUUCCGGUAUUGCUAUCAGGAUCAUAGUUCUUAUUUAUGCUCUAGAAGAUGAAUUUUUACCAUGCUUUUCUUUCUAGUCCACUUUUUUCGAAAUUAAGGCAGCUUAUGAUCAUCUUCAAAUAAAACUAAUAUACCUGUAAGCUGAUAAUUGACUGGAGUUUCUAGCAGUCCUAAACACCACAACUAAAUGGUUCAUCACCUCAUUAUAAUGAUAGUGAACGGUUGUUCUGAUAAUGUUAAUUCAUGUUGAAAUCUAUCUUCCAAUUGUAUGGAUUUCCACGAACUACCUAUUUGAACAACCUCCAUCCAUUUAGUUUUUGAUCUAGAUCUAACAGAAAAUAUUUUCUGAUUUGUUGGUAAAAGGUACUGUAAAUAAUAUAAAUUAUUAUUUAA